GUAAGGACCCACCCCGGAAGUGUGCUUGCCGCCAUUUCAGGUUUAGGCGCGCGGCGUGUUCGGUUGUGUGUCUCGAGUAGGCGAACGGCGUUUUUCUUCUUUUUCUUUUCAACUCGGUUUUAUUUCCACUUUAUCAUUUUUAAAAGGUGAGUAAAGAAGUGAGAAGCAGAGAUGAGUUACGGUAGACCUCCGCCCGAUGUCGAGGGCAUGACCUCGCUGAAAGUGGACAAUCUGACUUACCGAACCUCGCCCGAGACGCUGCGGCGCGUUUUCGAGAAGUACGGCCGCGUCGGAGACGUGUACAUCCCGAGAGACCGGUACACGAAGGAGAGCCGCGGGUUCGCCUUCGUGCGCUUCCACGACAAGCGAGACGCCGAGGACGCGAUGGACGCCAUGGACGGCGCGCUGCUGGACGGACGCGAGCUGCGCGUGCAGAUGGCGCGCUACGGACGACCGCCGGACUCCCACUACGGCCGCCGCGGAGGACCGCCGCGCAGAUACGGUGGCUACGGACGGAGGAGUCGCAGUCGCAGUCCCCGGCGCAGGAGACACAGCCGUUCCCGCAGCAGGAGUCGCUCUCGCUCCAGAAGCAGAUCUCGCUACAGCCGCUCCAGAUCCAGGUCCUACUCUCGGUCUCGCUCCCGCUCUAAGAGCCGCACACCCCGCAGGAGCAAAUCCAAAUCCCCUUCCAGGUCCCGAUCCAGAUCUAAGUCCAAGUCUCCUUCCAGGAGUCGCAGUCCCCGCUCGAACAGAGCGUCCAAAUCCAAGUCGAGGUCCAGGUCCAGGAGCAGACCCAAAUCCCCUGAGGCCAACGGAACCGCCCAGGAGUCGUGAGCCCGAGUGCAGCUGCUGAUUCCUGUAUGCAAAAGAGGAGUUUGGGGGCAGUUUGAGAGCAGUUAGUGUGUGGUCCGUCCAUUGGCUGCCUGCUGCUGCUUGGCGGUUGCUAUGGAGCAGGUCGGUCUCAUUGAGUGUUGAGGUGGUGUUGAGGUACGUUCGAAGGACGACGGACUGAGGCCUUUUUCCAUCUUCCUUGUCACACGCCCCUAGACGAAAGCAGGACAGAAAAAAAAACCAAAAAGGCGGGAUGCUUUCUCAAAGCCCGUGUAAGGAGUCAGCGAAGCAACACGUAUGAUUUGUCUACAGUAAUUUAAUUUAUUUUCAGCGGUUGCUGAUGUCUUAAAGUUGCUUUCAGAAAUGCAUCCCCUACCCCCAGGUUUUCUCAUUUCGUUGAGGUUACUCAACACCAGUUAGGGUUAAUCAGUAAGUCGAGCAACUCUACAACAGACUUGUUGCUCAAUAGACAAGUGUAAAAGGUUUGCCUUUUGUAAGCACAGGAUUUUUCUUUUUCUUUUCUUUUCUUUCUUUUUUUUUUUUAUUUUAUUUUAAAUUGAAGGUGGCCAAAAGUGACUAGUGCUUAGACAGCAACUGCUGCUUUUUACGGAAAUAUAGGAAAUAUACAAGCUACUGUGUGCUUGUAUAAUGAUCCUGUGCCUUAAAUUCUUUAAAACUCACUGACUCUUUUCUUUCCUAGAUGAUGUCAGAUGAAUGAGUCUUCAUUCCGAGGAUCACAUCGAAAGAAAAGUCCAUCUGAGGAUUUCUAUAUUCACCUUAUCAGACCAAAAGGUUGUUGCAAACUCGGUCUACAUCUUUUUAAAACUUUUUUUUUUGGCCUUUGUUCAGUUGACCAGAAUUUUCUGUACCAUAUUUUGAAGUGUGUGAUCAUAUUGAAUUGAAUAUUUGCGCUUAAGUGAGAUUCUUAGGUGGAAAGUUUUUUUUUUCCUUCAUAUUUUUUUUUUGCUAGUUUGUUCAUUUGUUUAGUACUUCAUGUAAGUAAUCUUCCAGCCAAUAAAGUAAGUUCAUUUUAUUCAAUUCAUUACGUCUUUUCUUUAAUGCAGUGUGUAUUCAAGUCUCUAAUGUAAUAAAGCUGAUUUUUCAUCUCUGUAUGUAAACUCUGGCCAGAUGUUUAGCCCUAACACAUGCAAGUGUAUUAAAAUUUGGACAAACGCUUUUCACGUAAAAUCACAUUCUCUACCUAUUUGGAUUUUUUUUUCUCUUGUGUGUGUUACCUGCUAAUUUGGCAUAUCUGUGAUUUUCUAAUGCUCUCCCUUGUGUAUUUUUUGUGCACUAGGCGCAGUUGCGCAGCAGUUGAGUAUUGCUGGUUAGCUGUUAAGGUGGCGUGUUGCAGUGCAGAGUGCUUGGCUGUUUCCAGUAUUCUCCUGAUUGCUCCCGUGUAACGCCUUGAUUUGACGGUUUUUAAAGCUGCAGCAGAAUGACCUGCGCGGGUCCUUCCUGCAAACCUUUCGUUCGAUUAAUUUACGCAGUGGGAGGUAGUGCACCAACAUUAUCACGUUUUCAAUGGCAGCAUUUGUUCUGUGGAAACGUACACAGCUGUAAGCUCCAUGUGAAUGCUAAUAAAAUUUUUGUGCUAA